AUGAAGCUCACUGGUGCUCUUGUGUUGCUUGGGGCUGCCCUGCUCCUGACCUCGGGGGGAAAUUGUGGCAUUUGCCCAGCUAUAAGGAAGGAGAUUGAUCUUUUCCUUGGUCCCUCUGUGUCUGACUAUGUGGAUUACGUGAGCCAGUUUACGUGA